CUUUUUGAUGGGACAAUUACUAGCCAAAUUCAGGGUAUUACGAUAAACUCUGAUCUGGGGAGGAACUAGAACUAUAAAAAUCAAGGCAGUCCUCUUCCUUAAGAAACUACACAAGACAGCAUCACAGUCUUCUCCUUCUUCCUCAGCUAUUUCAGUUCUUUCAGGAGAAAAAUGUCAGAGAAGCAGCCGGUUAUGCCCCCUCCAAGGGCUUCAAAUGGAACCGUUUAUGGGAAGAGGCGAAUGGAAGCCUGGCCCUUCUGUAGGCUGUGGAAGGUCGCUGACUCAGCUCUCUUCCAGAUGACCUUGGUCACUGCCCUGUUAGCUACUGUUCUUGGUGACUGUGGUCCCCCACCCAUUUUAUCCUUUGCUUCUCCGGUAAAUGAGCUGAAUGACACAGAAUUCAAAACUGGAGACGUUCUAAGGUACACCUGCCGCCCUGGCUUCAGUAAGACCAUUUCAAAUCCGACUCUUAUCUGUAGAUCGAAAGGUUCCUGGAGCUAUGUUACCUUCUGUACCAGGAAACGAUGCAGAAACCCAGGAGAUUUACCUAAUGGACAAGUGGAAGUUAAGACAGAUUUUCUUUUUGGAUCACACAUAGAAUUCAGCUGUUUAGAAGGAUACAUCUUAGUUGGCUCAACCACUAGUUACUGUGAAAUCCAAGAAAAAGGAGUUGACUGGAGUGAUCCUCUCCCAGAAUGUGUAAUUGCCCAGUGUGAGUCUCCUCCAGACAUCAGCAAUGGGAGGCACAACGGUGGAGACAGAGAUACCUACACAUUUGGCUCUUCUGUCACCUACAGCUGUGAUCCACAUUUCUCACUGUUAGGCAAAGCCUCUGUUUCCUGCACAGUGGAGAACAAAACAAAGGGUGUCUGGAGCCCAAGCCCUCCUGUCUGUAAAAAGAUCACUUGUUCUCAGCCAGACAUUGCACAUUCAAAGAUCGUCUCUGGAUUUGGACCUGUGUAUACUUACAAAGACUCUAUUGUGUUUAACUGCCAGAGAGGUUACAUUCUCAGAGGCAACAGUGUGAUUCGUUGUGAAGUUGAUAACAACUGGAAUCCAUCUCCCCCUUACUGUGAGCUCAAUGGUUGUAUUGGGUUACCUGACAUUCCACAUGCUAUCUUGGAGGAAUAUUAUCGGGCCAGUGGCGAGGAAGCAUAUGAGAUCGGGACUGAGUUCAAGUAUUCCUGUUAUUCUGGCUACAAACCUGUUACCAGAGAGCCUACAACUGUGGUUUGUCAGAAAAAUUUUAGAUGGAACAUCCACAAUAAGUGUGAGGAAACAUGUUGUCCAGAACCAAAGCUGAAGAAUGGUGUAAUCAUUAGGCAUAAAAAAAAGUAUGUAGGCAGUAAGUGCACUUAUUUCUAUGGAGACGAGGUUUCAUAUUCAUGUUCUAACAAGAAUUAUGAAGCUUCCUGUCGAUCGGAUGGCACAUGGUAUCCUGAAGCUCCAUCGUGUGAUAAAAAUUGUGAGUUUCCUCCUACCAUUGCCCAUGGACAUCAUCGAGAUGUACCUAGAUACAUAUUCGGCACAAAGGAGUAUGCAUAUGAGUGUGAUGAAGGAUACACUCUGGUCGGAGAAUCGAGAAUCUCCUGCAGCUCUUCAGUCUGGUCUGCUCUGCCCCCUAAAUGUAAAGCUAUAUGUCAUAAACCAGAGAUAGAAAAUGGAAAGCCAUCUGUGGAUAAGAACCAAUAUGUUGAAUCUGAAAACAUCACUGUUGAGUGUAACUCUGGUUAUGAUGUGGUUGGUUCUCAAAGUAUCACUUGCUCAGAGGACAGAACCUGGUAUCCAGAGGUGCCCAAGUGUGAGUGGGUGUUCCCUGAAGGCUGUGAGCAAGUCCUCGCAGGCAGAAAGCUGAUGCAGUGUCUCCCAAACCCAGAGGAUGUGAAAAUGGCCCUGGAGGUGUACAAGCUGUCUCUGGAGAUUGAACGACUAGAACAAGAAAGAGGCAUGGCAAGAGAAACCAGGCCCACUCUGGAGUGGCAUGAAGAUUAACAUGGCUGGAUCUCACAUGGCUGACUCUGC